UAAAAUUAUGAUUAUAAUAAAAUGCAUUUUUUCCGGGUUUGGUCUCCAGGAAAAGCCCUCAAAUAGACGAACAUUACGAGGGUCGUGUUUGGAGAGAAAUGGCGUCGAAUGCAGCAGCCCCAUUUUGGAGAUCGGCGGGGAUGACUUACAUAACAUACUCAAAUCUAUGCGCCAAUCUUGUUAGGAACUGCCUUAAGGAACCUUACAAAUCCGAAGCCCUCUCUCGGGAAAAGGUCCACUACUCCAUCAGCAAGUGGGUUGAUGCCAAACCUCAGAAACCCACCAUCCGCUCCGACACCCCGGAAGAUUGAAAAUAAGGUUGCAUCUCAGGCAUUGUCUCUUGUCGAGUGUCUUUGUACUGCCUUGGCACUAUACAGAGUGCAUGUCUGCUGGAGGUUGAUUUGGGACAUUUUGUCUUUGAAUAAUAUAGCAAAUAGACUUUAGUCCUUUCUGUUGGAUGCAGUUGAUAUAAUUUGUCUUGUGUUAUGUUGAAUCUUUUAUUGUUUUGAAAUCCAAGUGAAUCGACGAUCACAAGUUUGCAAUAAUGCCUAAAGGGAGAGCCUAGUCCUAGGGAGAAUUGCUCAAAAAAGGAUAUGCAAAGUCAAAUAAGAAGAAUGUCAAUGAUGUGGAAGACAGCUAAGAUAGGCUUGUUUUAAUUACUAGAUACCAAGCCAUAUCAUUGUUUUUCUUUUAAACUAAUUAGUAAUCAGUGUUUGACAGGUUUGUCUCUUGAAUUGGUCUUAUCAUCAUUCCAGAAGCUGAAUUUUUGGCAA